AUGUCUUCCCCCGACUACGCCCAAGAGCUGCGGAUAGCGCUCCUCGCCGUCCAGCGCGCCACGCUCCUCACCAAAACCGUCUUCCACAACAACGCCAAAGGCACGCUCGAUAAAGCCGACGCCUCGCCCGUCACCAUCGGCGAUUUCGGCGCCCAAGCCCUCAUCAUCUCCGCCCUGCAACACAACUUUCCCAACGACGAGAUCGUCGCUGAGGAGGAAGCGAAGGAUCUGCGGGAGAACGAGCGCGUGCGAGCUACAGUUUGGGAGCUGGUGAAGAACACCAAACUCAGCGAUGCAGCGGGGGAGAAGGAGCUCGGGGGCGCCAUCCAAUCCCCCGAAGCCAUGCUCGACAUCAUCGACAAGGGCGACAGCAAGGGGGGCCGCAGCGGUAGAAUAUGGGCCAUUGACCCCAUCGACGGCACAAAGGGCUUCCUUCGCGGCGGCCAAUACGCCGUCUGCCUGGCCCUCAUGGUCGACGGCGAUGUCAAGGUCGGAGUGCUGGGCUGCCCCAACCUGCCUGUCAACGACUCCGAGCCUUUGACAGAGGAUAUUGGCGCCGACGCCACCGACGCAGAAGGCAAAGGCGUGCUCUUCAGCGCCAUCCUCGGCCAAGGAGCGGCCAGCCGACCGCUGCAGAAAGGCGCGCUCGCCGACCCGAGCAAGAUCACAAUGAAACCCAUCACCAACAUCUCCGACGCCACGUUCUGCGAAUCUGUCGAAGCCGGCCACAGCUCGCAGGGUGAUGCUGCGGCCAUUGCCAAGAAACUAGGCAUCACGAAGAACUCGGUGCGCAUGGACAGCCAGGCGAAGUACGGCAGCAUUGCACGCGGCGCGGGGGAUUUAUACCUGCGCCUGCCGACGAGCAAGUCGUACGUGGAGAAGAUUUGGGACCACGCGGCGGGUGAUCUGAUUGUGAGGGAGGCGGGAGGCCAAGUGACGGAUGCAGAGAACAAGCGAUUGGACUUCAGCCAGGGGAGGCGGUUGGAGGUGAACAAGGGCGUGGUGGCCGCGCCAAAGGACGUGCACCCGCAUGUCAUUGAAGCGGUGAUGAGUGUUCUUGGCAGUAAAUAG